UUUCGGGAAAAAAAAAUACUGAGAAAAAAAACAAAACAAAACACAGAAGCUAGGGUUUAAAGCAGAUAACAUAGGAUUACAGUUGUUUAUCUUGAGAUGUCGGGGCUUAUUGGAUUUCGCAGCCUUGCACCGAAGACCAAGAAUCUGGUUGUUGCUGGAGGGUUAACAGGAUUCGUCUUUGGGGUAUAUUUCUACACAAUGAGGGCUGUCGGUGGCACUGAUGAACUUCAGAUAGCUAUCGACAAAUUUGAAGAUCAGAAACAUACGACCGAGCCGGAGGCAACAUUGGCACCAAAAGCUUAGUCGUAUUCCACAUCAAUAAAAUCUUUGUAAUUACCUGAAAGUUUGUUAUAACUGAAAUAUGGUAGCACAUUUUGUCGGUAACUUGAAUUUUCUGGUUUUUUGAACAUUCAAAUAAAUUCUUUCGAGUUUUUGUUGUACUUUUAAGGCAUUCCCACCUUCACUUUGCGGAGUUCAAUAUUCAUGAUUAAUGAGUUGCACAAUGCUU